UCUAAUCCUAUAGCAUUGUUUCUGAACUUGGUGUCAAUAUCUUCUGGAUACUAAGGUGAAGAACAGAGCGGGAGAUGGGAUUGGGCGGGACCGGGUCGUCCGGGUCGAGCAGCCCGGGAUUCAGCGGAGAAGUGUGGCGGUUUCCACCUGCGGCACAACCGGAGAUAAUGAGAGCAGCCGAGAAAGACGAUCAGUAUGCUUCGUUUGUGUACGAAGCCUGCCGUGACGCACUUCGCCACCUCUUCGGUACCAGAGUUUCAUUGGCUUAUCAGAGUGAGGUGAAACUUCUUGGACAAAUGCUUUAUUAUGUUUUGACAACCGGUUCAGGGCAGCAAACACUAGGAGAAGAGUAUUGUGACAUCAAUCUGGUCGCAGGAUCCCAUGGAAUUUCUCCCACUCCAGCAAGGCGUGCUCUUUUCAUAUUAUACCAGACAGCGGUUCCGUAUAUUGCAGAAAGAAUGAGCUCAAGAGUUGCUUCCCGUGGCAUUGUGCUUGCUGAUUCACAGUAUGAGGAACUCGACGGCAAUGGUGUCACAGGGAGUAGCCAGGGUCAAUCUUUCAGUACAAUCGAGACUUCAUCUUCAUCAGCCAUUCCAGUUCCUGCAUUUUCGAGGUUGAAACAAAAAUUAAGUCGAUUCUGGUUGCAUGUAGUUCAAAGAUGGCCUGUGGUGCUCCCUGCUGCUCGUGAAUUUUUGCAAUUGAUCCUUCGUGCUAACCUUAUGUUCUUCUACUUUGAAGGUCUGUAUUAUCAUAUAUCAAAACGUGCCGCGGGCAUUCGUUAUGUGUUCAUUGGUAAACCAUCAAACCAAAGGCCCAGAUACCAAAUGCUUGGUGUUUUCCUAUUGAUUCAGCUAUGUAUCAUUGCCGCUGAAGCCUUGCGGCGUAGUAAUUUAUCAUCCAUUGCUAGUUCAGUUCAUCCAAUAUCCUUAGGAUCCAGCCGUAAUUUAUCGGGGCGAGACUUGCCUGUCUUGAAUGAAGAAGGCAAUAGUACAGCUAUUGAGACUGACAAGGGUGGUUUGAUAUCGAAUUCCACGUCAACUUCAGAGUCUCAAGCAAUAACUGGGGCCAGUAAAUGCACUCUCUGCCUGAGUCGUAGUCAGCAUCCGACAGCUACAGUGUGUGGUCACGUAUUCUGCUGGUAUUCUCGUUAUCCCUAUGAUAGGAACUGCAUUAUAGAAUGGUGCAAUGAGAAGCCCGAGUGCCCUCUCUGCCGUACUCCGAUAACUCAUUCAAGCCUGGCUUGUUUGUAUCAUUCGGAUUUCUAGCAGCAGCAGUAGUUAUUUUCACUGGAUUGAGUCCUUGAAUGAACAGAGGAAGAGAAACAAGAUGAAAGCAAUCUUCUUUGGAUAGUGCAGUUGGGGAAAUAUAUCAUACAGGCAUACACAUAUACAUUCAUAAUCUCUACUAUCUUUGUAGAUAUCGAACCGAUGGAACACCCCGAGCCAAGCCAUGAAAAGCUACAAUGGUAAGAGUGUUGUAUGCCAGAUAUUAGGGAUAAAAUCAAACUUGAAAUUCUGCCUGUAAGUGAGCACAAGUUGUCCAAGAUUAUCAUCCUUUGAUCUGCAAUGGAGUGAGGUUUAAUAUUGUAUCUGGCCACCCCUGUGGUUACAUGUAGGGUUUUGGUCUAAUUUAUCUUGUCAUUAUGUAGAAAAAUUUUGUACGCACGGAAAAGGAACCAAAUGCAAAUACAGAAUAUUCUCCUGGA